AAGGUACUUUCUUGAUAAGCUUAGAUGGUGUUAAUUUUGGGUUUUGGAGGUUCUGUAAUAUAUUUCUAGUUUUUGUACCAGCCUUUCUUUGCUUUCUUGUGGAUUCUUUUGUCUUGAAGCUACUUGCAACACAGAAGUGUCACAAGUUGACAUAGAAUCUGAGUAGGAGCAAUGCUGUUUUCUUUCUUUUCUUCUCUUCUACUUUAGAACAAACAGUUUAGACUUAUUGGAUUGGAUUUUCUUUGAAACAAAAGCUAAUCUUCAUUGGGUAUUUUGUUUCAUUGACGAAAAAACAAGCAAAUUUAAAGUUUAAGCAACAUUUGGAAUAGCUUGAAGCAGCUCAGGAGUCAUUGUCUUUAGAAGAAGAUAUGAGUCUUUUGUAUAGUAGUCCUAGUUUCAAGUACCAAGAUGGAGAAUUGAGAAGGAAUCAAGAACUCAUGGAUUUAAAUCACCAUCAUUACCGUCAAGAACAACAGCAACAUAGUUCAGGCCUAACUCGUUAUCGUUCUGCUCCAAGCUCAUUUCUUGACAGUCUUGUCAGUGUCAACGCUGGUCAUGGCGGUGCCGGUGUUGAAGGUGAAGAUUAUCGAUACUUUCGAUCUUCAAGCCCUGAAAUGGACACCAUGUUGGCAAGAUUUAUGUCAACGUGUAAUGGUUCAAGCAAUUGCAAUUCUCAUAAUUUGCAAGAAUUCGGAGAAAGACCAAUCAUGAAGCAAGAAAUGGAGGAUUCAUCGCAGAUGAUUUACCAAAGUUUACCGGUCAAUAAUUUGGCUAAUAAUGUUAAUCCAGUGAAUGUUAACAAUAAUUCCAUGGAUAACUCUUUCGGUGUUAUGAACUCCAUGGCUCCGGAGAAUUCUUCGCAGGCAUCAAAGAGGAAUAAUGGCAAUGGAUCCAAUCUUGUUAGGCAAAGCAGCUCUCCAGCUGGAUUUUUCUCCAAUCUAGGCGUUGACAGUGGUUUCACCGUGACAAAAGAUGUGGGUAGUUUUCAAGUUUCCAAUGGCUUGAACAGAGAAGCUAGUCCAUCAACUAGUAGGUUAAGCAAUCAUGUAAACUUCUCAUCAGGGCAUCUUUUGCCUCAGAUUCCUGAAAUUGGAGAUGAAAACCCUGGUGCAAGUAGUCCCGAAUGUAAUACUGGCAAGAGACAGUACAUGAACUUUGCAAAUGACUCGUGGGAUGAUUGUUCCUCCAAUGACUUUAAACGUUUAAGAAAUAAUGAAGGAAAUAUGUUUUCUGGUUUAAGCAUACUGGAAAAUGAGAAUGGAAAUUCUGGAAACCGCCUGACUGGUUUGACUCAUCACCUGAGCUUACCUAAGACAGCUGCAGAGAUGGCUACAAUAGAGAAGUUUCUGCAAUUUCAAGGUUCUGUUCCUUGUAAAGUUCGAGCCAAAAGAGGCUGCGCAACUCAUCCCCGAAGCAUUGCAGAGAGGGUAAGAAGAACACGAAUUAGUGAAAGAAUGAGAAAACUUCAAGAUCUUUUUCCAAACAUGGACAAGCAAACAAACACAGCAGAUAUGUUAGAUUUGGCAGUUGAGUACAUUAAAGACUUACAGAAACAGGUUAAGACCCUCACGGAUACUAGAGCGAAAUGCACCUGUCCAAGUAAACAGAAACAAUAUUCAAAUGCUUCUGCUUGAUUCUGUUUCUGUACAUAUAUAAAUAGCAGCUAGGAAAAUGGGAAAGAUUGAAAAAUUUUUGAUGUAAUGUAGUAUGUAGAAUAACAUAGGAGAAUAGGAAGUUGUGAUCUAUUGCUACAUUUUUUCAGUGUUCUUGUUAGCCAUCUUAUUGAUAAAUCUCUUGUGGAAAGAAAAAUGAAAUUUGAUGUUCCUGUAAUGUAGAGUUCUUAACAAUAGUUUAGGUCAUAUUUUCCUGUACGUAAAUGUGUUGUAUCAGUUGUGAAUUAUGCAUUCCAGAGUUCCUUUUGAUUA